ACAACAUUAAGCAGGAAAGGAUGUGAGUUGCUGAUCGAAUUUUAAUCUAAAAAAUUUCUCCUGAAUUAACAUAUCUUCCAUUCAGAAAAAAAAGUGAUUUAAUUGUUUUAGAAUGGAUAACUCGGCCAUACAAACAUUGGAAGCAGCCGCUCAAAUACUAAUGGCACCACCAAAUUUGGUAACAUCAGAGCAAAGGCAGCAAGCACAAAAUGUUUUCCUGGAGUUUCGCAGCACAAAGAACCCUUAUCAACUGUGUAGAGAAAUAUUAGAAAAAUCUACAACAGAUAUAGUGCUAUUUGAGGCUGCAGGCUUAUUAAAAGCUGCUUUAAUUAGAGAAUGGAGCUUACUUUCUGAAAAUGAUAUUUCAUCAUUAAGAGAGUAUUUAUUCAAUUAUUUAUUGACUAGAGAUACUCCACCAUUUCUGAGAGAGAAACUAUUGCAGACAAUUGCAAUUAUCAUAAAGAGAGGCAGCAUUGAUGAUGGUGGAAGAGAAAGAAAAGCUUUACUAAGUGAGUUAGAGAAAAUAAUUCUUGGUUCACCAAUAAACCAACAAAAAUUAGCCUGCUCAUUGAUAUUGGCUAUAAUGCAAGAAUAUGCUAUAACAGUCAAAUCAACUGAUGUUGGUUUGAUUUGGGAGAUACACUUCCGAUUGAAGAAAUCUUUUGAAGCUGUGGAUUUGAAAAGAAUAUUUAGAUUUACAGUUGGAGUUUUAGAACAAAUAAUACGAUCAGGACAUCGUCUUGAGGGGGAACAAAUGAAUUUGACAAAGCAACUUUUGACUAUUGUUGAAACUGUGCUCUGUUGGAGUCAUGUAUCCCCACUGCUGUCAAAACGUUUGAUAGGAGCUUUUGAAGCUAUAUAUGAAAGCGACACUGCACCAGCAUUAAGGCUGAAUUUAAAUUGGAAAGAUACAAUUAUGCAACCAGAAUUAUUAGCAUUGUUAUUUGAAAUCCAUAUGUAUGUAAGAACUAAUCCAGAAUUAGCUAGUCCUUCUCUAACUUGCUUGGUACAACUGGCAAGUUUGAGUGGAGUUGUAGUUUCAGCAAAUCAUAUGAAACAGCAGUAUUUAGAAAAUUAUGUGGCUAGUUUCUUGAAUAUGAUGACUUAUAUACAGCCAAUGGACAGAGAAAUGCUUGGUUUGUCAGAAAUAUACAGAAGGCUUGUUCAGUUUUUCACUCCUGUAAUGAUAGCUGGUCUGCCACCGGCAUUUCUGAUCAAUUUGAAGAAUUUAACUUGUCACUGUAUCAGAGGAUCUGUUUUAGAAGAAAUGGAAAAUAGUGAUUCAGUAUGGCGGGAAGCAUUGAGCAAAUUCCUCCACACAUGGAGUUCGAUUGUAAACGAUAUGGAUGGAUUACCAAUUGAAAAUUUAUCAGGGCCAUGUAUAGAGAUCUUCAAUACUUAUCUACAGUGCAGAUUAGCACCUCCAGAUGGAACUAGGGGCACUGAAAAUGUAGAUGAAGAUAUUAAACAUGAGCUAGAAGAAGACGAACGUAAACUGCAUAGCAAUAACUUGCUCACCAUAGGAGCAUUAGCUAGGAAGGCACCAGCACAUUGUUGUCAUGUCUUAUUUUCAUUACUACAGGAUAGAAGUAAAAAACUGGAAAGUCAUCUUCAACUAAUGCAUAUGGGAAAGUUGCCUGUUAGCGGCGGUGAGCAACUAGUCAACCUGUUUGAAGAUUUACAUUGGAUUUUAAUGAUUACAGGUCAUUUUCUAGCAAUAGACUGUACGGAGGGUGAGACGAUAAUGAUUCCUUCAGAGAUCAUACGUUACAGCAUCUCCGAGCAUGCUGAUUUAGACGCAUCUUUGCGAUAUCUAGUAGGAGUCAGUACUGAUACAGAUAAUGUUGAUCCUAUUCUCAAAUUACUUGGUGAAAUUCUUCGUAUAAGUUCGUGGGAAUGUGCGGCGUUGGAAGCUGGCCUCGGGACUGUGUUCAGUCCUGAACUAUCGGCCACUUUAUCGUGGCUUCUCAAAAUUUGGACGAACUCUUAUUUGAUGCCGCAAUCCGUUUUCUAUAAUGAGAUGUCUCCGAUAUUGGAAUCAGCGUUUGGACGUGGCUCUCGUGGAUCAUCCUGGGUGGUGUCCCGACUGGCGGCCCGAGCUGGUACCUGCCUCAGGUACCUGUCCGCCCAGCCGACGGCCGCCUUUCACGCACUCAAACUGCUGACGACAUUGGCUCACGCACAUCAUAAACAGAACCCUUCGGAGAGCUGCGAGGAGUUCUUGGCGCUGAUCGCCUGGGAGGCGGCCGGAAGCAACUUGCCCGGUGAACUGAGGAAAGAAUUGCACCGAGCAUUCGCAAUCGCCGCCACUUACGCUCAGGGAAAUGUGAGGACUCGCCUGCUAGACAGCACUGAGGCGCUGCAGAAGAAGCUAAUCAACAUACUGAACAUGGAAUCCGACACGGAACCUGUGCGGAGCAUGCUCGCCGAUACUCUGGACUGUUUCAUCGGGGUCACCGAAGGUGUUCUCGAGGUCGGAGCGAUGGACGAACAGUUUGUGAUGUUAAUCGGCGCCUUAGACAAAGUACCGGGUAUCUUGUACAGAUAUCACAACUACCCCGGCGUUGUGUUGCCAGCACUGAAUUUGUUAUCGAAAAGCGCCAAGAGAAUGCUGCACUCGGUUCAACCUCAAAACGUUGAUAAGUUCUUAGAAGUAUGCAAUACUACGUUUGAAGUUUAUAAACAAUGGAAUUCUGGAAAGAUCUCGAGUAUACCACAAGACGCUGAGGAUGAAGUGUAUGAGGAUAUAUGCGCAAUAAUGGAACUGAUCUGUAGUAUAGCGCGGUCAGGGGCCCACACUAACGUUAAUGAGACCUGCGCCCGGGGACUGCGGCUGUUGCUGCCCUUGAUCACUCCUCCGCUGUUGGCGCUGCCGUCACUGGCCCAGCACGCGUAUCGAAUGAUUAGGGAUCUGGAUAAUUGUGAUCAGCUCACAAAUCUACCGAUCGAGGACUUCAACAUGGUAAUAUCGGCGUUACGCGUCGGGCUGACGGCGGUCUCGUGCGACGUCUCGACGCUGUGCUGCGAUACCAUCGUGGGUUUGGCGAACAGAGCGCGGACGCUGGGCGACAACAAUCCUUACGCCAUGUCCUUACUGACCCUGGCCGAACUCUUACUAAUGUUGAUAAUUAAAAUGGAAAUACCCCCGGACUCGAUACCGGCUGCCGGCUCGGCGAUAUACGCCUUGACGUGCGUGAAGCCGGCUCUCUUAGAGGGCUUAGCCAGACAGCUGAUCGAAGCGUACGCGGUCAACGACCCCGCGAACGUGCCCAGACUAGAGGAGGCCUUCAGUCUCCUAACCAACGGUGUACUGUUCGACGGUCUGAGACCUCACAAGAUACGCUUCCAAGAUAACUUCGAUAAGUUCCUAGCCAGCGUUCACGGAUUUCUGAUUGUCAAAUAAACGACUCCGACAUAGUCUUUGUUCGGGUUGUAUUUUUAAUGACGUCAGCGGGGUUACGUACGCGAACGCGUGUGUGGCGUGUGGGAGUAUAUCGUCUCGGUAUCGUUUUCUUAGCAUCCGCGAUGGUAGCGCCUCCCAAAAUUAUUACUCGGAUGGAACUUGAAAAAAGGCUAUACGUGUGUGCUAUGUUUGAAAAGUUUUCCGUUGAAACAAGGUUGGAUGAUGUACCGAAGAAGGCAUCGAAGAUGGCGGUGAGAUUAGUUUUCUUAUUGAAUUAAAAUGAAUUUAAUUUUUAUGUUUAAAGUACACUGUUAGUUAUAAAGAGGUAUGUCCGAAUAAUUAUUGUUUUAUGAAAAAAUAUUAUAAUAAUAUGAUAGAAAUAUAGUAAUUAUGUACUUUCUUGUCGACAUGGUGUUAUUACGGUGUAUUACACUUCCCUUUAAUAUUGCUUAGAAGAAAUGAAAUGAAUGUGAAUUCAAAGGUUUACUUAUUAUUCAAUAUGUAAACUGAUCCGGUUUAUCUUUAAAAUUGGCUUGGGCAGUAUAUCAAAUGCAUCUUACAAUAAAUACUUCGAAGGAAUAAUGUAAUUUUUUUAUAAUUUAUUCGUACUUCAUUUGUAGAAUAUUUUAGUUUUCAUUUUCAUGAAAUUACGUGAGACUUUAACUUAAUAUGGCCUAAAUUAUAUGUAAUUUAUAGGGCCCUGGGACAUAUCGGUUACAAACUUUAUAUGAAUACAACCGUAGGGUAGAAUCUCACUGUAUUAGUAGCUUGCAAACGAAUAUGUUGCCCGCCACUCGCUAAUUCCAACAGAGAAAUUAUAACGUGAAUUUAUAAAAGUUAUAGAAUUUAGUUAUUAUAUUUGUGCAGUUCUUACUUUAAUCCCGAGAAUAACUUCUCAAAAUAGUUUAAAACAAAGUUGCUGUGUACUUGACUGUUUCUCCGCUUAUUCGUUCUAAGGUUUUUACUAAUAGAAAGAGCGGUGAACAAAGAAGGCUUGAAUAUGAUAAUUUGUAAAUAAUUUGGACAAAAUUGAUGAAUUAUGAGAGUGUUAUACCAUAAUCAUUAAGCAAGUUUUUGUAUGCUUAGAUGGUAUGCAGAUGAACUUCACACGAGCUGACAAAAUUGACGAUUAAACUUCUAGAAAUUAUCUAAUUUGUAAACCGUACCAUUGUGGAUUCCCAUUCGAAUAUCAGUCUUAUGUUUACAACGAUAAAGCAGAGAAUACGUUUUACUACUAUUGUGGUUGUGAAUAAAAAAUGAUGACGUAUGCGCUUUAUUAUAAAUUUAAGUAAAACGAAGAAGCACAUUUUAAUAUUUGAAUCUAGGUAAUAAUGGUAUUUUAUCAAUUGAAUUGUAAUCUAAAAAAAUGAUUUAUUCAAUUUAGAGCCUAUUUUUUAUUAAAUUCUAAAUGUAAUUUAAGGAAUUAAAUUUACUUUAGAUAGGGCUCCGUUCGAAAUCCGUCGGAAACAUCGCGUAAUCACAAAUGUUCCUUAUUAUACUGCAAUUGAUUUGACAUUUUUAAAUUAUUAUCGCCUGAUUAUUUUUAUUAGACUUCACAUUUGCCAGAAUUACCUUUAUACCUAUACAGAUGAUAGCACAUAAAUUUAAAUGCUAUGGCGCUUGUAAAUAAGAGUAUUUUUCAAAUCGUUUCCUGUGGUCUUCGAUCAACACUAUUGUUGAUCGAAGCCUGUAGUAUAUAAUAUCAAUAUUCACUAAUACGACACUCGAACUGGUAUUCCUAUUCGCAUGAGCGAUAAACAUAUUAUGUUUGUUUCUUUCAAUUUCGUCGUACUCUUCUGCGUUCCUCUUUCAUGUAGCGAUGUGAUUACUUUAGAACUCGAAUUUAAUAAUAAACCUAUAGCCAUUUGAAAUACCGUGAUAUUAUAGGUGAUCACUUUAAACUAAAAUAUAACAAUCAAAAUUAACAACGGAAAUUCUGAAACAAACUUUUUUUUGCAUCUAACUCGAACUCCGAAAAGUAUUUCGUCUUAAAUUAGUUUAUAAGUAAUCAUCUAUCAUAAUAUUAAAAUUUAAAAAACCUACGAAAACCAAUACAGAAUGUACGAGAACUGUUAACGAAGGCGAAACGGCAACAAAAAGUGCAUGACGUAUUUAAAAUAAAUCUUAAUUUGGAAAGUUAAAGAAAGAAAAAAUACUAUUCUAUUUUUUUUAAAAGAACUACAGAUUUUAAUAAAGCAUAAAUAUAAUAAAUACAUUGUCCAAUUGUUAUACAACAAAAUGAGUUGAAUUUAAUAAAACUUUUGAUUUUAUUUAUUGCCAUGAGAUUUUAUAAGAUUUUACUAAGUCUUUCCCCCCGUUAUGAGCUCACGUAAUUAAUGGACACUGCUUUGGACCUAUUAUGUAUGUCCGUUGCCCUGAAAAUUAAACGCGAUUUAGAAAACAGCACUAAGAUCUGUCCAAUAUUUCGUAUUUGGGAUUUUUUCAAAAAAUUAAUUUUAAUAAGGAUUGACUUUUAUAUUUUAUAGCAUUAAGUGAAAUGUUAGUUAAUUUUGAAUCAAUCUCAAUGGUACAUAAUAUAUUUAACUACGAUAAAAAGAUAUUUGCCGUCUUAUUGAUAUCUAAAAGUAUGAGUUGUUGUUAAUGUUAAUCCGGCCUAACUUUUAUUUUUUAGUUUUUCGUAAUAUAUUGUUCUAAAUUUUGUGUCAUUCGAAGAAUUAGUAAUAUAAUUUUGUAAACUAAAUAUGAAUAUAAAUAAGACUGUGUUAACGUUUCCCAUCACAACUGAAGUUUUUAAUCGGUAAUUCGGAUAAUUAAUAUUUUGAUACGGACAGCUUCACAAAACUCCUCAAUUGAAUAAUGCUCUUUCUCGUUUCUCGAAAAUUAUUUGAGUUUUUUCGGGAGAAAUUCCCAAUGUGGGACAUCACCUAAACAUGGUGGAUCCUUUCCUUUGAUUUUAUAAUUAUUGGAGGCCUGCUUUAUUACGGUCAAGAAGCACUUUUAACAAGAUCAAGGGUCUAUUAUGAUAGUGGUUCAGAAAGUGCUGUAAAACUUUAAAAACUGUAUUACUAGUUCUUAUGUUUUUUAAGUUUAGAGUAGAGUUUUAUUUUUAAAGUGGUUUUCGACUAAAACGGAGUUGAUAACUUCUAAGUAUUAGGACUCGAAGUCUUUUUAAUUCUAACGAAUUCAUUACGUUCUGUAAGUAAUUGAUAAUUUCAGAUUUUUAUCAUCGCACCUUCCUUUCUUCUAAAAUAGAGGCUUUUUAUUGUUGACUACCGUGAUUCUAUUCAUAGUAUAUAGAUUUUGUAAAUACUCAAAUGUUUCAAUACCGAAACGAUUAUUCUUUUAAAAUAUUGAUUUCACUUUCAAUUCAAUAAAUGAUUUAAAUUUUCUAAAACUGAAUGUUGUUUCUUUUAUGAAUGUCACGAGUAAUUAUUGCAUCCGGCGUUAUAUUGGAGCCUCAUUUCAGUUAGCUAACUAAAGU